CUCAAUACACCACUUUCUUUUCCUCCAUAGCCCCUGUUGAUAACCAUCUGAUACACACAAGGACCAAAGAACAAUCGCAUCGAGAAGCUGUAACAGUCUAGAUUAGAAGCACCAGGUCCCGUUCGCGAACGAAACAAGAGACAGACAUACCGUACAUUCCCUGCCAGCAGCAACAACAAAACAAGAAGAAAUAGCACCAAACCCAGCAAUCAAAGCAGGACAGAAAUUGCCUGUUUUGUUUUUUACCGCUGCUGCUUGCGGAAGUCUUCAACAAAUUCAAUUCCGAAUCCAAAUUGACUCAUUAGGUUUGAUCGAUCGAUCGAUMAAUCCAUCAAUCCAUCAACCCAUUCAUCGAACCUCCUACAAAGAAUAAUAGAAUCCUAUUGGGAAACAUACCGCACCCGAUUAGAAGGAUUAUUUCUGGAGUAGAAAGGAACCAAAGCAACAACUGCAAAACAUCGGAUAAUCCUAAGCCGYGAUAUACGUGACGAUYGAUCCUUGGCAUUGUGAUUGGCAGUAUUAGUUUUGUAGCUUGUGCCCAUUUGAAUUAYCACAGUGGCCAAAAACUUCCAGACUAGAAGCACACAAMACAAAUAUACACCUGUUCAAUACAAUGUCGUCUUCUACCAGCGCCAGCGACACAUCCGACGUUACGGAGACCAUCACCAAAUCCAACAUCGWCGACAUUGUGGAAUCCCUUUACAAUAACCAAGAUGAGCUCAUCGGAUAUUCCUGCAAGCAGAUAAUGGAGAAAAACACGGUCGAGGAGAUGGAUCUGGUCUUUUACAUGGACGUAUUGAGCCCAAAGGACGACGAGAGCGGCAACAGCGACACAAACUACCAGCUAGCCGCAAUCGAUGCGACGCAGUCGGUCGUGUUGGAGGAAGUUGCCCUGGAAUACCAGAUCGAUCCCGACAUUUCAAGGGGGGUCCGGUGCUUCGAUCUACCCGUCGACGGAUCGACAUGGCUGGUGCAGAUGUCGAUCGAGAAGAAGGACUUUGUUGAGGUUACAAUUUUUGGUACGUGUUUGUCCUCGUUCGCKGCUAUUGCUGUUACAUACUAAGUAGUGCGUUUUUGUGUAUUUGGUAAUCUAUUGUCCCGUAUGCUUGGUUUGCAACAUUCGAUCCCCAAAGACAAUGGAUCAUUUCUUUCGUAUUUCAGUUGGGCUCGGUUCAGUUCUGUUCGAUUUUAUUUGAUUUAAUGUGAUAUGCACUAACUUGAUUUUAUUUCACAUUCGAUUCGAUAUGAUUGAUAUGCGCCCUACUGUUAAAGGUGGUUGCCGGAAAUUGGAGUGGGAUGAUGCAACGCAGGACUGUAAUUUUUAUGAAGCCCGCCUCAAGGGAUCUUACAUCGGUGCCGUUCCUGUAGCCGACGACGGAACCGAAUUUUCCGAUGUCGUGGGCUUCUUGAAGUCCCUGAUCAACGGUCCCACUAUAGUGGACAACCUAAACAACAAUGGCGACGGCGGAAACGGCUUGGACAACAUUUUUGGCCAAAAUGCGGCGAGCGACGCCUAUAAGAUGGCCUUUCUGGGGGUCCCCCGGGCAGAAACGAACCCCAACUUCCAGGCCGAGGAGGGUCGAAACGACCUUAAGCCACCCGUCAACAUCAAAACAGGCAUUGAUGCGAGUCAGAGCACAGCUCAACCCAACCGCAACACCAUUACUGUGGUAGGGGGGAUGCUAGUGGCCUGCUUCUCGAUUGCCUUUUUGAUGGUGGCAUACAUUCUCGUAAAGCGCCGACAGUCCUACCGAAAUGAGAGGAACGAGGAUGAGGAAGAAAGGAGGAGCGCGGAAAUAUCGAUGGCGAUGGCCUCGGGAGCUUCCGCCGGGAACUUUCACCUCGACACGGUGGACAGAAUCGACCGCAACGACGAAUACAAUCACGCUGACGACGACGGUUAUGGGUACGACCGCAAUGAUUAUGACGAUGACAACGAUGGCGAUGACGAUGAUGAUAUUCGCGAGGACCAAGCCGGCGGUGGACGAGAGAUGGAUCCAGAGUCCUUUCGGGACGACGAUGCCGGUCCAGAAAUGCAGCAAAACCACCUUCAGCACGAAUCUUUAAGGUCCGCACAACGACCGCAACAAGAAUACGGYGACCAUCCCAUGUCGGCCGAAGCCAUCCAGAUGGACUUGGGGAAUACCCUCAAGGGCCAGAUGAUUGGGUUGCACGGAAACACCUCGAAGAAGGUCCUCCCCAUGUGUGGCCCUUCAACGCGGGGAGGAAACGGAGGCAACCAACACAAGGUGCAACGUCUCGGGARCCGAAACGCUGGGUCCUUCUUCCACCAGCUCAGCGACGACGGAGACCACGAUUCGUUCGACGACUCGGAYUCGUGGGCCCAAACUGAUGGGACCAUCGGGUCGCUGGAACUCCAGCUAGAACCCAUCACCGCGGAGGUAUAGUUCGCAAACAUACAUUCUAUACUUUGUUCAUACCACAUCGGUACUACCGUUGUGCUCAAUGCGGCAAUAAAGGCAACAUACUUUGACAGGAAUGCUGCUCAAUGUGCCUCGUCGGAAUUCCAUUGUGGCGCACAUCCUAUUUUGUCUAUCAAUAUGAUGCGAUGUUAAGCUCUUUCCGUUUGAAUAGUGUGUGCA